GAAGCAAUUCAUUCGUGUCACGUAAACAAGGUACUUAAGUAAGUAGGUCAUUUGGACUUUUUUAUCAAGGCAUUUCGAGUCUUUCGUUGGGAUUUCUCGUCCAGCAUCAGUGUAAGGACAUGUAGGAAUGGAAGUGAAACGGAGCUCACUAAACAAACAGGACUCGAGCUUCGAGGACCCGUUUUCAGUCCAUCCAUGGGAUAGCCUUAUUACCAAGCUAUGCCAAGAGUUCUCGGUCGAAGAUUCAGACUUCGACAACUUUCUCAGAAGCUCAAAAUUUCGAAUCGGGGAUGAUAACUACAACCGAAUCCAAAGUCUUGACGGGCGCACUGGCCGGAAAUACCACGAGUUCUUUGAUUGUCUGGAAAAGAAAUUCGGACAGGAUGGGACUGUUGAGUUUCUUAUAAACUUGACAGCAAAUUUAAACUUUCAUGGGGAUUCAGGCAAUGUGCCAUUCUCACGGGUGUUCGAACAAUAUAAGCAAGAAAGCGCCAAAUAUCACAGACAAUUGACAGCAAAAGGGCUUGAACUUGACCCGAACUUUGUUGGAAGAGUCGAGCUGUCUAGUAAAAUCAUAGAAAUUCUUCAGAAACGUACAGAUGAAAUUGGCCCAAGCCCCGAGAAAUAUCCAAAAGGAGUCGUCCUUUGCGGGCUGCCAGGAAUGGGUAAGACAAGUUUAGCAAGCCAGAUAUGUUACAUCAUGAGGUUUGGUUCCAAUGUCGUAAGAAACUGGAAUAUCAUCGUCGUCAAUCAAAGGGACAAAACAGAAGUUGGAGAGCUACUGUCCGAUCUCAUCGACAGCAUUGGUAAAGAGAUGGGAAACGAUGAUAUUGUAUGUGAGUUUAAGUCCGUGACUUGUCAGAGAGAAAAGGUCAUGUCCCUUCUUAAAGACCUUGGCGAGCGUAAAAGAGAUUACCUAGUGCUUCUUGAUAACAUGGACGGACAUUUUAAUCAUGAACACUCACCUUGCGAAGAGUUGCUGACAGAAAUCUUCGAAACUAUUUCAAAAGUUGACAAUAUCAAAAUUGUUAUGACGGUGUGCAAGUCGGUGUCGAAAUCAAAUGCCACUAAUUUGUUCGGUGGAAAACCAGCGUUUAGAGGACAUGUGAUAGAAUUUAAGCUAAACGGCUUAUCAUAUGAGGACGCGGAGCAAAUUAUGACCAAAAUCAGCGGGCGGGUAGAUGAGCAUAAAAUAGACUCACGUUUAUGCAGACAAGCAUUUGAUGCCUGUGACGGAAAUCCCAUGGGGAUAAAGACAUUGUCUGUGUUUCUUCGUGACUCUUGCAACGAUGACUUCGUCCGUUCGUCGUUAAAAACUGGAGAACUGUUCAGCGUGAUGUCAUAUUUGAAACAAACCUUCGCCAAGAUAAUCCCAGAAGGUCUUCAGAGGUUUAUUGCUAGAUUAUUUGUUUUCAAUACGAAUUGGUUUGCUGUUAAAGAUGCACAGUAUGUUUCACAGAUCGAACCUGACGUUUCUCAACGGCAUUGCGUUGAAACAAUUAAGAAACUGCACAUACUUCAAACGUAUCAUUUGCUCGAAAGAGACUUCUUUUCUGUGAUGCGACAAAAAUCUGGCAAGCAAGAAGAGUGGAUUGGAAAGCAAGAUGAACGAUCGUGCAAGCAAGAAGAACGGUUCGCUUUCCAUUCCAUUGUUGCUGAAUUUUUGUCACAAACAUUCAAAGAAUCGGCGUGUUUCAAACAAGAAUUUGUUGAUGGUAGGAACGCUUUCCUUUCCUAUUUCUGCAAACGUAUAGAAAAAUCUGGACGGAAGAUGAAUGCUCGCAAUCCAUUAGAAAUAAAAGUUCAUAUGGAAGAACUCAAGCCGCACCUCAGCUUGUUUUUCAAACUGAUCUUAGAAGAAAAAAAAUCGCUAUGUUCUCUGUUGGACAAAGGAAAACAACCAUUAAUUAUCCGAUGCAGUUACAUAUGGGAUGUAUCCGAGUUCACAAACGCACAAUAUUUGCAGUUGAUGUUCGCAAAAAGACAAGCACAGCUUGCUGAGAAAGCAAAAGAACUUAUGCAUUUCAUUUAUUGGAAAUCAACUGAAGCCACGUGUUUAAUGAAAAGCGACAAAUUGAAUAUUGCUUUAGAGUAUAUGGACAAUAUCAACGGUCAAUUUAAAAUUGCAGAUGUUGGACAAUUUGCCUACAUUGCCGAUGGAUGGAACGUAGAAAAGGCGGACGAAACGUUUGCUUUUUGCACUUUUUACAAAGUUUACGGGAUUAUUUACCUUCGAAUGGGAACCAAGGAAAACAAUAAGGACAAAUUGAAUAUAGCAUUGGUCAAAUUUGGAAAAGCGAUCGAUAUCAUACACAGCGAACGUUCAAAGAAAUUAAAAAAGGUCUUUGAAUCAGAUAUCGCGAAAAUCCAAAACCUUCGUGGGUGUGUUUAUUUUAGCAUUGGUGAUUUAACAAACGCUCUUGAAUGUCACAAGUCUGCAAAGGUAUCAGAUUGUACUAGACCCAGUUUUGUCAGUCAAAGAAUUGAAUUUGCUGCAAACAUAGCUGCGUGCUAUCAUCAGAUGGGAUUGAACACAAAGAUUGAAAACGAUCGCAUGAAACAUUUAAGCAAUGCGCUGAAAGAAUAUGAUAACUGCAUCGGUCUCAACAAGCAAAUUGGAAUGCAGGAUUCCACGACCUCUCUGACAAUACUUCGUAACCGUGCGGACGUAUUUUACGUUAAAGGUGAACUGGAAAGGGCACUUACAGAUGGAAACAAUGUAAUGAAAAUUGCAAGAAAAUUGUACGUUCCUCCACACGUAGAUAUAACGGUGGCAAUAGAACGGGCAGCGUGCUACCAUUUCAAACUCGGGAAAAGAUUAAGGGAUGAAGACGGAGAAAUAGAUAAAGGAACUGAUUUAAUGCAAAAGGGUCUACAAUUAUACGAAGACAUGUUAUUUGAGAUUUGCAAUGGUGGUCUUCUUCCCUUUGAAAACAACGACGAUCGAGUUAUCUUUUCUGAGCUGGAAGAACUUAUAAAGAACCGUCUUGAUCCUGCUCAACCGAACUUUGAUCAAUCCGUCUACGUUGAGGCACUUUAUCACAUUAAAAAUGGCGACAGUUCGAUGUGCGACGGUCCCAAUAGGAUGGCUUAUCAGUACUUGAUUGAAUGGCUACGAAAUCGGAGGAUGCAGCUUCGAACUAACAAGCAGUACAGGAAUGCGAAAGACAAUCAUUUAAAACUGAUGGAGAAACUUGGUCUCAGUAAGAAAGCCAUAGAGAAAAUUAAACACAAGUAUCAGGAUUUCGAACUUGGUAAAUUCAACAAACUCAUUAGCAAAAAUCAGUCGUAUGUCCCCGAUUAUGAAGAACAGGAACGUGUUAGACAAGCUAUUGCAGCUGGUGCAGAAAUCAUACUAGAUCCAAAUCAGAAUAUGGAAGACUCAUCGGAUGGCUGGAGUGACACUGACGAGUCAGAAUCGAGUUCUGAUGAUGAUGCCACUGCAGAGAUUGACACUCAUUAUGAUAUGGUUUUGUCACGACAAAGAAAAGACAGCGGCGUAUGUGACGAAUAUAUCUCCAUUGAUGUUGAACCCACAGGCGAUGAUGUGGACAAAGAUAUGCAUCAGAUUGAAAAGGCCUUUGGUGGAAUCGACUGUUGCCUUGAUAGUGGUUCAUUUGACAACCAUGAUCAAGAUCCCUCUGCAACUGAUAACAAAGUAGAUCGUGAUAUCGAACAUGUGUUAGUUGGCAAAAGACGGGAUCUUAGGAGACAAAGAAGUAUUGAUAGUUCCUAUGAUGUUUCAAAUUCCAUCGUCGCUGAAGGUGAAGUAAAACUACGGAAUAUGUCCACAUCAAGAUCAAGUCGGUCUUCUUUAGGGAGCCUUAAAAGAAAAAGUUCAUCAGUGUCAUCGUCAGGUAGUUUUACAGAACCUUGGCUAAAAACUUCAAGUUUUUCGUCGCAGACAAGUCAGGGUGAAAGUAGUUUUGAUAAUGACAUAAUCGAGUAUGACGAAGACGAAUUACGUGCACGUGACUGCGAUCAGAAACGACAAUCGUGGGCAAACACUGGUAAACAAGAGUCUAUCACCAGCGAAUUAUCGAAGUUGCAGGUCCUCGAUGACGAGUUCGAGCCAGGUCCAAAACAACCAAAGAUUGAAGAAACCGACGACAAACUAACAAUUGCUGCAAAUGCGAACAAUGGUUUGAUUUAAAUUAACUUUCAAUAAUAUAAUAUCGAAGCAAUGUUUUCAAUACCAUGAUUGACAACAGUGGUGUUGCAAUUUUUUGUUGAAAGCCCAGAUGUUGACGUACAGUCAGGUAAGCCUAUACAUGGCACGUAAAUAUUAAAGCACUCUUAAAUUAUAUACUGUAUAUAUUGUUUUGUUCUCUUUAUAGUGUUCGUUAAAUUUACUAGUAGUAUGACUUGCAGCAGAAUAAUAUUUGUCGUAGGCUGCAUUGAUAAGUUUAGCGUGUUAUAUGUCAAAUAGAUUAUACCCUAAGGGCCUUGCCUUCCAAGCAUUAAGCAUGUUGAUAUGUUUUCAAAUUAACAAGACGUUUUCAGGCAAAUGUGGGUUUUUUUCCACUUAAACAUGGAGGAAAUUACCCAGUAUUUUAUAUGGCGGGGACUUGUUUUAUUUUAACUUUUCGAAAUUGCCUCGACACAUUUCGAAUCUCGAUCGAUCGGUUAAUAUUAAUUGACAUUUAAUUACAUUUGAUCUCAAAUGACAAUAUUUUGUAACAAAACCUUACUUUUUGUGUUCAUUAUAUUUGUUUUGUAUUAUAAUCAAAAUUCAAUUUAUAAAAGCAUUUGCAUUAAUGAAUUUAUUUAAUUUUAAAUUCCAUUCAACAUCUGAUAUUCAUUCCAAGUAGAAUACAGAUCUCAAAUGUCACUUUUUACAAAACCUUAGUGUUCAUUAUAAUUUUACCCGCAUAAUAAAAUAUGCAUAUUUACAUAUUCGUUUAUAUUUAUAUGAAAGUAGUAAACUUUGAUUUAACGGCUUAUUUUUAUUCCGAUUUAAAUAUAAAUGAUCUCAAAUGCCACUUGCUAUCAAAAUGUACGUACAAUGUUCAUAGUAAUUGUAUCCGCACAAUAAAUUUGAUUGAAUAUUUCUUAGAUUUUUAUAUAAAUGCAUUAAACUGGUUUCAUAUACAUAUUAUGCAAUAACUGUUAUAUAAUAUUUAAUAAUCGUCAUUUUCUGAUGAAGUUAAUACUUCAAUGUUUGAAAUAUAUAUUGUAUGGCCCAUCUCAAUCGUCAUUCAUUGUCGUCCUUCCAAAUUUACCAAAAAAAUGUGGUAUGUGAAUUAUCUAAUCAAGCGCGAAAUUAACAUCAUUUAUGUUCGUAUGCAUUUUGCAAUUACAUGCUGUUUUAAGUAUAUAGCAUCAUAGUUCCUUUAAUAUGAUAUUGACCAUAUUGUCAUAUUCGUUAAAUUUGGCAGUUGAUCGAAACACGAAAAUAAUAUUUAUCUACAAUAAUGGUCAUUCAGCUCAGUUUAACAUGUUGUAGGUGUUGCGCUAAUAAGCAAGAUUUAAAUUAAAAUGCGAAGAUAAUCCGUUGAAGAGAAUAUUCUUUUUUCGAUUAUGCGAAAGUGUGUAUCAAUGCUUGUAACUUAUUAGCCCAUAUUGGUCAAUGAUAACACUAGCGUACACAAUUUUAGUAAUGGCACAAAUAAUAACUUAAAUACUUUUAGAGAAAGAGGCCGCAAAAUCGAAGUAAAUGCCUUGUUUGUGCCCGAGUUGUUUUUUUUAAAUUAUAAUGAACUCCGCAUAAUGCACCCAAAAGCACCAUUGUUAUAUGAGUCUAUAUAUUUAGAGGCUAUUCUUGUUAGAAUAAGCUUAUGUUUGGUUGCUUGUUAUUCACAUAGCUAUACAAAUACAUUUACACUGUCUUUUUGUAUAGGUUUUUCUCAUUCAAAUAUAAAUGCAGAAGAUUUUUGAUAAAUCAUAUAAUAAAUAUGAUAAUAAUGAUUUUUGAAUUUAAAUAGAGUUCAUUACAUGUAGGUUACUUUGUUGUUGUAUUUAUUAUGUACCACCUGUGUGAUUUAUAGAAAGACUAUAUGACAGAUUUUUCUUCUCUCGAAAAUGAUGUACAAAGGUCAUAUAUACGAUAUUCGAAAUGUAUAUUUUUCAAUUGUCAGAAAUUGUUUAUCGCUAUUUUAAUUUCUUUCUUUUCAAGAAUAUUGUGUAUAUCAAUCGUAUAGUACUUAAAUGAAUAUAAUAGAUUCGCUUCCACUAUGCGUUGAACAAAGAUAAAUCUGUUAUAAAUUUGCUUUUGACUUUGCUGCGUUAAAGUGUGGCCACGAUAACCAAUCUCAAUAAAAUCAACUACUUACGCUCGCUGUAAUUGUCGCCAACUUUAAGCGGAAAGUGUAGGAGCGUCGGACUGGAGUUGGUUUUCGUGACAUUGACAUAAAUUGAUAUUGACACUGUUUAAUGUAUAAGUGUUCGUUUUAUUAUGCUUCAAAGUGUGUGAUUUGUAAGUGUUAUGGUAGGUUUUUUUAUUAUGCCCCCACUGUAUUUUACGGGCGUGUAAAAGGGGCACAUAGAGUUGAUGUUCGCUCUUUAUUCCGUCCGUGGCACUUUUUUGUCGCGUGUUACUCAACAUGUAUUGAUGCUAGUUUGUCCAUGUUAAAGUUGAAUGAUUUUACAGUCGAAGCAUUGAAUGAAAAUUAUACGUUUUGAUAUUGUUAAAUGCCCAAUGAACAAGAAAUGACAAUUAUUAUAUUUUAUCAAAUCGAAUGUUACAAUAUAUGUGUGAUUCCAAAACUUGAUUACUAUAUUGUUCUAAUACAUUUUUGGAAACUAAGUCCAUCUUAAUUUUAAGUUUUGUAUCUACAUGUACAUAAAUAAUUUUAUUUCUUAAAUAUUGUAUCACUUAACCAUUUUAUGUGUGCAUUAUUUUAUUAUUGAGACCAUUUUGUCACAUUUUUGUUUCAAAAAUGUUGUUGUUUUUUGGAUAGCAAGUACUAUAUUGAGAGUUUCAUAUUUUGAUAUUCAUUUCACCUCAUUAUCAUUUUAAGGUAGUCGCCCUUGAACUAAGAGUUAAUAGAAAUCAACCAUUGUUGGGUAAAUAAAUAAUUGUGUAUUCGGAAAAAUUCUACUCCGUGUAGUUUAAAUCUCAUUGUCUAUAUUAACAAGUUUUAUAUACAAGUUUUAAAAUAUUAUAUUUAUAAUUAUGUAUUGGACUAUUGGUGUCUUACUUUUCCUAUAUGGAAUGAAAGUUAGACACAUACUAUGAAAUGUGAUCAGUACAAAAGUAAAAAACGACAGUAAAAGUAUUCGGGCUUCCUUUCUAUGUUUAUAGGUCCGACUAUUAAUAGCAAAUAUAAUUCAAUUUAAACAACCUACCCUCUACCGUUCGAUAGGACAAGUAGCACUUAAUUGAACUAGGAUAGCACUGUAGAAAACAAGUAUUUUCGCGCAUCAUAUGUAAAAUGAAUGCGUUUAACAUAAAGUCAAAAUGACCCAAUGCCAGUAAAAAUACCCAAGUGAAGCAUAAACAAAAUCCAUACCAUACCGUCAAAAUGGCAUAAACAUUACCCAAUAUAAAAUCAAAUUUUAACGGAUGUAAAGGUUACCUUCUGUAAUUCGAUUCAUUAUCAUUUUCAUUUGAUUUUAAAUUUACCUAACGACGAUUUAAAAUGACACAAUUUAUGAAUGUUAUUGUUAUGAGUACGGCAUGCUUCUGACAACUUCUGUUUUUCCGUUGAACUUUAAAAUAAGUGGUUUGAUACUAGUAUAUCACCGUAUAAAAAUUGAUAUUAUUCGAUUUCUGUGUGUACUGUAGGAUUUAUCUUGAUACAAAGUGCCAUACGUUGAUAUUUAAAACCAUUUAUUAUAUGCUUAAUAUGUGCUUUUUGUUAAUAAUCUACACUGUAUGCGUUGACAUUUUUGCAAGUUUCUCUUAUGUCUCUUAAUUAUAUAAAUAAUUGAUAAUUAAGUAUAAAAUAAUAAAGUAUAAUGACAAACAGUGCCAUAAGUUGAUAUUUUCAAAAAUUUAUUAGGUUUAAUACAUUGUUAUUUUUGUUAUAAUCCACGUUGUAUAGUUUUUUAUGUUUUGCAUUGGCAUUGGCGAUGCCAUACAUUUGUAUUAUAUGCUAUAUGAAGUAUAUUUAUUAAAUAGACCAGACUCUAAUUAUUUGAAUAAAAAUAGUGUCGUAUCGCUUAACAUUAUAAUAAACAGAUACAUGUCUAGUUAAGAUAAUUAAGAAUUUAAGUUUAUAGUUUUGUUUGUUUACGCUACAUGAUAUAUAUUGUCGAUGAAUAAAUAAGCGCGCUUA